UCACAUUGUAAACUGCUGCUCUGUGUCCUUGUUGAGCUGCUGCAGUGCAGCUUGAAACAGCAAAAGGAUAGGACUUCCAACAGCAGUCAGACUCUAUCAUCUUGCCAAACUAUGGAGCCUUGUACAUCAGAUGAAUUUUUUCAGGCACUCAACCAUGCUGAACAAACCUUUAAAAAGAUGGAAAACUACCUGAGACAUAAACAACUAUGUGAUGUGGUAUUAGUUGCUGGUGAUCGCAGAAUUCCAGCUCACAGAUUAGUUCUCUCCUCUGUUUCGGACUACUUUGCAGCCAUGUUUACUAAUGAUGUAAGAGAAGCAAGACAGGAAGAAAUCAAGAUGGAAGGUGUUGAGCCAAAUGCACUGUGGGCUUUGGUUCAAUAUGCAUAUACAGGUCGCCUUGAAUUAAAAGAAGAUAGUAUUGAGUGCCUGUUAUCUACAGCUUGCCUUCUCCAGCUCUCCCAGGUUGUGGAAGCGUGCUGUAAGUUCUUAAUGAAACAGCUUCACCCAUCCAACUGCCUUGGAAUCCGCUCUUUUGCUGAUGCACAGGGUUGCACUGACUUGCACAAAGUGGCUCACAAUUUCACCAUGGAGAAUUUCAUGGAAGUAAUUAGAAACCAGGAGUUUUUAUUAUUGCCAGCCGCUGAAAUUGCAAAGCUUUUGGCAAGUGAUGAUAUGAAUAUUCCUAAUGAAGAAACUAUACUGAAUGCACUGCUUACUUGGGUUCGAGAUGAUUUGGAACAGAGAAGGAAAGAACUUAGUAAGCUGUUGGCUUACAUUAGGCUGCCUCUGCUUGCUCCUCAGUUUCUGGCAGACAUGGAAAAUAAUGCCCUCUUUAAAGAUGACAUUGAAUGUCAAAAACUCAUUAUGGAAGCAAUGAAAUACCAUCUGUUGCCCGAGAGACGACCCAUGUUACAAAGUCCCCGCACAAAGCCUAGAAAGUCUACAGUAGGAGUGUUGUUUGCAGUUGGAGGAAUGGAUGCAACAAAAGGAGCUACAAGCAUUGAAAAAUAUGAACUGCGUACCAACAUGUGGACUCCUGUAGCAAAUAUGAAUGGGAGAAGGUUACAGUUUGGAGUUGCAGUAUUAGAUGAUAAGUUGUAUGUUGUUGGUGGUAGAGAUGGACUGAAGACAUUGAAUACUGUGGAGUGCUACAACCCCAGAACAAAAACUUGGAGUGUAAUGCCACCUAUGUCCACACAUCGGCAUGGCCUUGGGGUAGCUGUAUUGGAAGGUCCUAUGUAUGCUGUAGGAGGGCAUGAUGGUUGGAGCUACCUGAAUACAGUUGAAAGAUGGGAUCCACAGGCUCGUCAAUGGAACUUUGUAGCCAGUAUGUCAACUCCAAGGAGCACUGUUGGUGUAGCAGUAUUAAAUGGAAAACUUUAUGCAGUUGGUGGUCGGGAUGGAAGUUCUUGUCUCAAAUCUGUGGAAUGUUUUGAUCCUCAUACUAAUAAAUGGACUCUCUGUGCUCAAAUGUCAAAGAGAAGAGGAGGUGUGGGAGUAACUACUUGGAAUGGAUUCCUGUAUGCUAUUGGUGGGCAUGAUGCUCCGGCAUCAAACUUGACAUCCAGACUGUCAGACUGUGUGGAAAGGUAUGAUCCAAAAACAGAUGUGUGGACUGCAGUGGCCUCCAUGAGCAUUAGCAGAGAUGCAGUGGGAGUGUGUCUCCUUGGUGACAAGUUGUAUGCUGUUGGAGGAUAUGAUGGGCAAACCUAUCUUAAUACAGUGGAGUCUUAUGAUCCCCAAACGAAUGAGUGGACACAGGUUGCACCAUUGUGCCUAGGAAGAGCUGGAGCAUGUGUUGUGACUGUAAAACUCUAAUUAUUUUGUAUAUGAAGAUACUAGUCUCUUCCAUAGACUCACUACGUUUUUCUCAAGUGAAUUAAUAUGUUACCAGUAAACAGAGGUACUGUGUGUUUUCUUCAGAGCUAAGUGUUUGAUCUUAAGAUAGCAUACAGGUAAACAAUUUUGAAUGGACCAAUAAUAAGCACUUUUUAAAAAAAUUACCUUGUUACCAUAUACAUACAAGAACUGUAUUUGUAAGGUAUUGUACUGAGGCCAGUUGAUUGCCAACAAAUACACCUCUACCUUGAUAUAAUGCUGUCCUCAGUAGCCAAAAAUCUUACCCUGUUAUAGGUGAAACCGC